CACUGCUGUUGUACCCUUGAGCAAGGUACUUUACCUAGAUUGCUCCAGUAAAAACCCAACUGUAUAAAUGGGUAAUUGUAUGUAAAAAUAAUGUGAAAAAUUAAAAAAAUAAGAAUAUAUAUUAAAAAAAUCAGUUUUAGGGAGAAACUACAGCUGCACAUCCCUAGUGCUCAUUUCAAACCACAGCUUUUUUGUUGGAAUAGUUACUGCAGUAAGCUUGGCAAAUAAUAAUCUGAAAAGAAACCACAAUACAGAAUUUUAGGGUACCCACAUAACAGUUAAGAAAUGUAAUAUAAAAAAUGCUCCUACAGCAGAAAUGUGGGUUUCAAAGGUAACAACCUUCCUAUAUCUUUAAAACUCUACAUGUACACCUUUAACAAUACCCAGCCUAGAUUUUGCUUUAUAAGUGCUGCACCACAAUGCAGAUGAAAUGGUAACAGAAUAUAAUCCAGCUUCAUUAAGGAAGCAGAUCAACUGGCUCCAUGCCUAUUAAUCUAACCUGUGAUAUGUCUGGCUGUGUGACAGGUUGACUGCUCAUUUAUUCUGUUUAUAAUAGCAAAGCUAUGAUAAAUAUCCCACGAAGUGCACAUGUGUUAAAACAUUCAUAAACCAAAGCUUUUAAUUUGAAAAGGGGGGAAACAAUAAAUUAAAGAUUGUGACAAUGUGUUUCUAUUUAUUUAUUUAUUUAUUUAUUUAUUUAUUUUUUACAAAAAAUAGUUCAGUGUUUAGAGAACUUUAAAAUGAAUACAUUAGGCAUUUGCCUUUAAACAAUUGUGGUAAGUUGUUGUCUAAUUGAUAUCGGCUACCAUAACAUUCUGAAACAAAUAUUUAAUUUGUACUGUACCUUAAAGCAGAUUUAUUGUAAAAUGAAAUUACUUUAUAAAGCCAAAGCAAAGUGCAUAGGAUGAUGUCCUAAACCUAUUGAUUUCAGUAGAAAUUUUACAGUACAUGAAAAAGAUACCUCUUCAAAACCUCUAACCUUUUAAUACAAUUAUUAUAAAAUUAACCUAUACUAAAACUGUUGAAACCUAAUCCUGUGAUAUGUCUGUAUUGGUGUUUGAAUAUAAGACAAUUAUUGUAACAUCCAGGUAGAGGAAUACCUGUAAAGGACUGUGACAAAGAGAGAGUGAAUUCUUGUUUUAGAUCUCCCUUCCGACCGGUGACGGUGCUGGGGAGGAGGAGCAGAUAUCCCCAGGAGAGGUGGAAGCCGGCCAUCUUGGAAGGGGGGCGGGUCCACGGUGCGCAACGUCACCAACCCAGACGGGGAGCGCUGUGGCAAUCGCGCAUUGGUCAACGGCGGUUGCCCGCGCUGCCCAAUGGGAGCGGGACGGAGCGUACAAAAGGGGGCGUGGCCCGGAGUUCUGUUCCUUCUGGCAAGAGCACUAACGGGACGCUCCGGAGCGAGACGGGAGGAGCGCAAACCCGGAAGUGCUGCACUGGUUCCGCCCUGUGUACCUGGGGGAAAGGAGGAAGGACGGACUGUUGUUUUGUUUUGGUUUAUUGACAUUCUUCGUUGUUUUUUGGUUUUUCCAAUUUCCCCCUGUUUGUUUUGCUUUGUGGUUGCCGGGUUACACAUCGUUGUGUAUCCCGGCUCCAUUAUUUUCUGUUGUGGCACAAUAAAGCCGCGGAUUAUAACUAAAAGCCGGGACUGGUCUCUUUUAUUCUUCCCACCACCCACUCAGCCAUUCCUGUCACACGUGGUGUCAUCGUGGGAUGGACCCCACCACUUUAUCCGCGAUUCUGGAGGCGUUGGACAGCCGGAGGGAGGCUGAGGAACGGAGGAGGGAGGAGCGGUACACAGCCCUCAUCGAAAGGGUCAGGAUGGGGAUGACGUCGGCGGCAACUGGCCCCGUGAUGGUGGCCCCGAAGGCCCGGGCUCAGAAGAUGACGGCGGAGGAUGACCCCGAAGCCUACCUCGUAGCCUUCGAACGGCUGGCUACCACCGCAGCAUGGCCCCGGGAGUACUGGGCAAGCCAACUUGGCCCCUGCUUGAUGGGAGAAGCGCAAGCAGCAUACCGGGCCAUGACUGAUGAAGACGCCAGCCAGUACGAGUUAGUGAAGCAGGCUAUCCUCCGCCGCCUUAAUAUCACGGGGGAGACCCACCGAGUCCGCUUCCGGGAGUUCCAGCGACCAGCAAACACCCGGCCCAGGGUGGUGGCCCAACGAUUGUGCGACCACAUGGCGCAAUGGCUGAACCCCAGCCAGAAAACUGGGAUCCAGAUGGGGGAAGCCAUUGUAAUGGAACAAUUUUGCCAUGUGGUCGGGGCGGAGACGCAAGCGUGGAUACGCCGGCACAAUCCCACCACUCUGGAACAGGCCGUGGCCCUGGCGGAGAAUUUUGAGGACUCCCUCGUGUCCGCCCGCUCCACGUUGCUGGACUGCACCCCUCCCUCCUCUACCAAAGGACCACCACCGAACUUCGCUCCCGGACCACGACCCAGCAAAUCACCAGUCCCGUCGGGUCAUCCAGCCCCCUUACCGUGGAGGCAGAGGUUGGCCCCCAGCUGGGGUAGAAUGGCUCCCCCUGCCCCGCUGACAUACCAACAGCGGGACAGAUACGUACCAUCCUCACCCUCUGCCCCUCCAAUCUGUUUCAGGUGCCAGCAGUCGGGACAUAUCGCGAGAUACUGCCCGGCCGCUAUGGAAUGCGAUGUGGCUGCGUGUCACCUGGCGUCUGAGACAGGUAAGAAAUGGGGAAAUGGUCGGGAGGGCCCGUGUAUUGUUGAUGUGGCGCUGGGGAAUGUGAGUACCCACGCAUUAGUGGACACAGGGUGUGAGCAAACUCUGAUUCGAACAGCUCUCCUUGGCGGUAUGUCGUGGCAGCCACAAGGCCAGGUGGCGAUCUCCUGUAUCCAUGGGGAUACGGCGACAUACCCCACUCUAAAAGUAUACUUAUCGGUAGGUCCGAUAAAGCGCCACCUAGUAGUGGGGGUGGCCGAGAAGUUACCACACCCAGUUAUUCUGGGUCGAGACUGGCCGCAAUAUAAAGAUUUACUAAAAGCAUCGGCAGCCUCGACCACACGUGUAAACACGGCAGAUUCCCGAGGAAAGGAAGUCAUUGGCACCGUUUUUCCUUUCCACGCCGAACUGUUUUCUCCCCUUUUCCAUCCUAGGAAAACACGUAAGGAGAGACGGAAGGAAAAGUGGGAGGGCGCAUCGAUGAGACACGGCUGGGGACUGGCGGGGGAAGGUUCUGAUGGUCCCAAACGCCAAUCGAAGGGAGUGGGGACACAGUGUGACCGGGCGGGCGAGGUUACUGGACCCUCGAGGGCAGAGACUGCUCCAGCCCCCGUCGAUAUCCCGGACGUGUGGGCCUCAAGCGCGGACCUAGUGUGGGAGCAAAACAACGACCCCACACUGGUGCACGCUUGGGAACAGGUCCGGUCUAUCGAGGGUAAGGAUGUUGAUGGCAUUGGGACGCUGGUAUAUCCUCAUUUCGUUGUAGAGGGGCACUUGCUAUAUAGAGUAAACCCCGCCCCGGGCACAGGACAGCCUGUCAAACAGUUGAUGGUUCCCCCGUCCUGUCGACCAGAGGUCAUGAGGCUGGCGCAUGACGUCCCCUUUGCAGGACAUCUUGGUGUUGACAAGACGAGGGACAGGAUACUGGCUCGAUUUUAUUGGGCAGGGCUCUACACCGAGGUGGCGAAAUAUGUAGCUACCUGCCCGGACUGUCAGAGAGUAGCGCCGGGUCGAGUGCGCCCCGCCCCUUUGGUCCCACUGCCCAUUGUCUCCAUUCCCUUUGAACGCGUUGCAAUGGACAUAGUUGGGCCAGUGCUGCCUUCUGAUUCCGGGUACACACACAUAUUAGUGAUGGUGGAUUAUGCGACGCGGUACCCGGAAGCAGUUCCGCUGCGGUCCACUAGUGCCACUGCAAUUGCGAAAGAGUUAAGUCAGAUUAUGGCUAGAGUAGGGAUCCCAAAAGAAAUAUUAACUGAUCAUGGAACGAACUUUUUAUCGAAAACGCUACAGCAAGUGUAUAAAAUUCUAAAAAUACGUCCCAUCAGGACGUCGGUUUAUCAUCCCCAAACGGAUGGACUGGUGGAACGUUUUAACCAAACUUUGAAGCAAAUGUUGAGACGGUUUGUGAGUCAGGAGCAGAAACAUUGGGCCACUCUUCUCCCUUAUCUCCUCUUUGCAGUGAGAGAGGUGCCUCAGAGCUCAACGGGAUUUUCCCCCUUUGAGCUGCUGUAUGGCCGGCAGCCACGGGGCAUCCUCGACCUGUUGAGAGAAGGUUGGGAAGAACACAAGGGCUCCUCUAAAAAUGUAGUGCAGCAUGUGCUCCUACUGCGUGAUCGCCUUGAUUUAAUUGGUCGAUUGGCUCAAGACAAUCUUAGAUCGGCUCAACGUCGGCAACAGCAGCAUUACAAUACUAAUGCACGAAUUCGAACUUUUCGGCCCGGAGAUAAAGUGAUGCUUCUUCUCCCGUCAUUGGAGUCAAAACUGUGUGCUAAAUGGCAGGGGCCAUAUGAGGUGAUACGGGCUGUAGGAUUAGUGAAUUAUGAAAUUAGACAGCCUGAUCGCCAGAAUAAAACAGAAAUUUAUCACUUCAAUUUAUUAAAGCCCUGGAAGGCAAGGGAGGUCUUAUUCAUAGCCCCAGGCGAGAUGGAGGAUGACUUUGGACCCUGUAUAGAGGCCCCUAGCCCCAGCCAGAUUUCAAUGGGGGGACAGUUACUUCCGGAUCAGCAAGUAGAAUUACGUAAGUUGAUUGGGAAAUUUGGGGAUGUGUUUUCUGAUGUGCCCGGCAGGACUAACCUUACCAAAUAUGCUGUUAUUACUCCGCCAGGUGUCACUGUUCGGGAGAGGCCCUACCGGAUCCCAGAAAGUCGGCGGAGUGGCGUCCAGAACGAGGUGAGGGCGAUGCUUGAACUUGGGGUCAUUGAGCCUUCCAGAAGUGAGUGGUGCAGUCCUAUUGUUAUCGUGGCCAAGAAGGACGGCACUAAUCGCUUCUGUGUUGACUUUCGAAAGGUCAAUGCUAUCGCCAAGUUCGAUGCCUACCCCAUGCCUCGGAUCGACGAACUCCUCGACCGACUGGGAACGGCCAGGUUUAUCUCAACUCUGGACCUGACGAAGGGAUAUUGGCAGAUCCCUUUGACUCGUGAUUCAUGUGAGAAAACUGCAUUUUCAACUCCGGAUGGUUUGUUCCAUUUUAAAACCAUGCCGUUUGGGCUACAUGGUGCGCCCGCUGCCUUUCAGAGACUGAUGGACGAGGUGUUACAUCCCCAUCGUGAGUAUGCAGCAGCGUAUAUUGACGAUGUGGUUAUAUAUAGCUCCACCUGGAGAGAGCAUGUAAUUCGACUGGAAGCCGUCCUUCAGUCUCUAAGGGCUGCUGGGCUAACAGCUAACCUGAGGAAAUGUGCGUUUGCUAAAUUAGAAACACAGUAUUUAGGAUUUAUCAUGGGGAAUGGACGGGUGAAACCCGUAGCCACCAAAGUCCAGGCUUUGGUGGAUGCGGCUGUCCCCAAAACCAAAUCCCAGGUGAGGUCACUAUUGGGAUUGGCUGGUUAUUACCGCCGCUUUAUCCCCGAGUAUGCCACCGUGGUCAAUCCUUUGGUAGACCUCACUAAGAAAUGUGCACCAAAUUUAAUUAAGUGGUCAGAAGAGUGUCAGGGGGCGUUUGAGACCAUUAAACAAAAACUGUGCCAGGCUCCUGCGCUAAUAGCACCAGACUUUAGCAAGAGAUUCCUCCUCCAUACUGACGCGUCAGAGGUCGGUUUGGGGGCGGUCUUGUCCCAGAGAGUUAACGGGGUGGAGCACCCCAUUCUGUAUAUCAGCAAAAAAAUGCUUCCUCGGGAGCGCAACUAUUCGGUUGUGGAGAAGGAGUGUUUAGCCAUUAAAUGGGCAACUCACUCCCUUAGAUAUUACUUGCUGGGACAUUCAUUUGAUCUGGUCACGGACCACGCCCCACUCAGAUGGUUAGGCACUAUGAAGGAUAGCAAUGCUCGAAUAACUCGGUGGUAUUUGGCAUUGCAGCCUUAUAUGUAUCAUAUGGUGCAUCGUGCUGGGAAAGAUCACCAAAAUGCGGAUUAUUUUUCCCGGGAGGGGGGAGUAAUGGGAAUGGUAGGUUUGGCCGAGUGUUCCUUCGGCUCCACUCUGAGCGGUGGGAUAUGUGACAAAGAGAGAGUGAAUUCUUGUUUUAGAUCUCCCUUCCGACCGGUGACGGUGCUGGGGAGGAGGAGCAGAUAUCCCCAGGAGAGGUGGAAGCCGGCCAUCUUGGAAGGGGGGCGGGUCCACGGUGCGCAACGUCACCAACCCAGACGGGGAGCGCUGUGGCAAUCGCGCAUUGGUCAACGGCGGUUGCCCGCGCUGCCCAAUGGGAGCGGGACGGAGCGUACAAAAGGGGGCGUGGCCCGGAGUUCUGUUCCUUCUGGCAAGAGCACUAACGGGACGCUCCGGAGCGAGACGGGAGGAGCGCAAACCCGGAAGUGCUGCACUGGUUCCGCCCUGUGUACCUGGGGGAAAGGAGGAAGGACGGACUGUUGUUUUGUUUUGGUUUAUUGACAUUCUUCGUUGUUUUUUGGUUUUUCCAAUUUCCCCCUGUUUGUUUUGCUUUGUGGUUGCCGGGUUACACAUCGUUGUGUAUCCCGGCUCCAUUAUUUUCUGUUGUGGCACAAUAAAGCCGCGGAUUAUAACUAAAAGCCGGGACUGGUCUCUUUUAUU